GAUUAUGAAAGACGGCGGUUUCUCGCCCUUCUACUGGGACAUGCUGAAGGCCAACGCCAUUGCCAACCUCAAUGGUGGAAGCGCGAUGCUGUACAAACGACCCCUGAUUCUGGCGGCUGCUUUGGUUUCUACCGUGGGAGACGGCAACACAGCACCGUUCCGCGGGGAUAGUGGAAACAGGAUUUACGCCCGCAUUGCCUUUGGAACGACCUUCUAUGGCUUUGGAAAUCUCGCUCAGAUCAACUUCAAGCUGCCAGUAGGCUACUCCUGUGCCACUACACAGCAGGGUGGAAGUGUGCCCGAUCUGAGUUUGUUGGCCAAUCGCUUCCCUUCGACCAAGGGUCGUUUGGGCGGACUGAUUCCUGAAGUCCGGUACCGGAACGUCCCAGCCACCCCUGAUGUGAUGUGUCAGAUCACCCUCUUGGAGGAC